AUGUACAAUCCAGUAGCAGAGGAAAUUCCAUACAACAUUGAGGAGGAAGAACCAUCCAUCCCUCCUCCAUCAUCAGAAAAUACAUUUAAUUACCAAUCCAAUCUUAAUGAUCAUCAAUCAAUUACAUCAUCUGGUAGUACUUCUCAUAGUAAUUCCAUAGAUUUUGAAGCUAGGAGUGAUAAAUCCAAUAAUGCACCAGAGUUUAGAUAUGGUCGGAAGGAGAUGAAUAUUCGAGUUAAUAAUCUGCUCUUAAAUCAAUCGAUUGAUUAUGAAUGUAUUCCUCAGGUGGUUCGGGAAUGGAUUAAUCAAGAUCAAUUAAGAAGAUUUGAAUGUAAUAAUAGUAAUAAUAAUAAUAAUAGCAAAAUUGAGGAAAAUGGAAAGGAUUGGAGUUGUUUGGAGAAUUUGCCACAAGAUGUCAAAUUUGAAAUUAUUGAUUUCAUUCCGACCUUUUCGAUGAGGAGAGAUUUGAAUAUAAAACUCUCUGAUAGGGAAACUGAUGAAUAUAUUGUGGAUGAGGAGGCAGUGAUUGGAUAUAUUGAUGAAAUGAAUCAAGUACUGCAAUGGAAGGAAAGGAGAAUGGAACAAUGCUUGAUUGUGAGAGAUGUUCCAAUAAAGACAAUGCACAAGAUGAGAGUUAUCUCAAAGGAAUAUGCAAAGAGAAUGAAAUUCAAGCUAAUGACACUUUCACAUUUGGAUUUACCUUUUGCACUGUCCAAGAUAGGAUUGUGUUAUUUUGCCUCCUUUUUAAAAGCUCAACAAUUGUAUUUGGAUAAGAAAAUUGAUGAAAAUGGAGAAGAUUUUUUAAUUUACAAGGAGAUGCCUUAUAUUAAUAGAGAACUUGAUGAGGAAAUUGAAGAGAUUGACGAUGCUUUGAAUGAAGUAGAUAAUUUCAGGACGCUCUAUGAAGCAUCUCCGUUGGAAUUAGUAAUGUUUGAAUAUGCAGAACCCGAUGAAAAUCUACUUCCAAAUUCUCUAGUUGAAUUUGUAGGAUCUAACAUUGUAGUUAAAUCAGUCAAGACAACUAGAAAGCCAAAUAUUAUAGAGCUAAUAUUUGCCACCUGUAAAAGCUUACAGUCCUUUGUUUCAGAUUCCAGAGUGCUUGUUCAUCACUCAUUACCUAGUUUAGAGCAUUGGACUUGUGCAUUCUUUUAUGGAGGUGAUUAUCAUUUCGAGUCAGAAAUAGAAAAAAUCUGUGGGGUGGCUCCAAAUAUUAAAACAAUAGACAUGAUAUUCACUGCUGAAAGACAAAGGAAUUUCAAACAGGAAUUUUUAGAUAAUAUUGAUAUUGGAGAGGAUACUAAACUGAUAGUGGAUGGUUUUGUCAAUAAGAUUAUCCCACCCUCUUCAGGUAAGACUGAACGAGAGGUCAAUAUUACUAUUACUCAUUUGGAAUCUUCAGAUGUAAAUACCAUUAUGAAAUACAUGGAAUACUUUAGACCACCUACAAGUGAUUGUUACUAUCUGAAUGACCUUAUCUUUUCACAAAGAUAUUUAACCUUGGAAGAGAGAAAAAAUCUGGCUGAGAAUUUGUUUACACGAGAGGAUGAAAGAUUUCCAAUUGAACGGCUCAGAUUUGAUCAGCAUAGUUCAUAUUCUCAAGAGGAUGCAAUGGACAUGUUUGCCUACAUUAUUUACCUUUCAAACGAAUAUCAGAAUGGAUUUUUAUUUAACUUGGUUACUUAUCUUAAUGAACAGGUUGUUGAUGAUGCCUUGGAGUAUGGAUGGAAACCUGCCAAAUGGGAUGAACUCUUACUGUUGAAAUCAAAUUUCACAGUGAGUCAAGUUGAAAAAUUAUUACAAUUAAUUCGUUGUGAAUAUCAAAACGAUGUGAAUUUCUUCAAAUAUGUCAGACUAUUACUUUGCAAGGUUUACUCUGAAAGAUAUUCAUUUGCUGCUACGGACAAAAGUUUGGUGAGAGGAUUGACCAAUUAUUUAAGGAAAAACAAAUUCAAUUCAAGUUUUAUGAAAGUACUAUUCAAGCCGUCACAGCUCUGUCUCUCCAAGGACUACUUUCCAAUUAUCAAGUACGCUACCAUUCUAAUACCAAAUAUUAUAGCAGUCUCCUCUGAUGUUGUUUCCUUUGUAUCAUUGUUGGAUUUCUAUCCUGACGAGUAUUGGAAUUUACAAAAUGAGAAUGGAGAUAAUAUUUUACACAUUUUCCUGUUAUCACGUGAGCCUGGAAGUGAAAAUGAAUUGCUAGCAUUGGAUAAAAUCAUUAGGAAACAUCCAGAGCUAUUGAACAUGUUGAAUCAUCAAAAUAGAUCACCUGUCCAUAUUGCCUUCUCUACUGAGGAUUCUGGUAUUAUUAGAUUAUUUUCCCUUUAUGAUAUUAAUCUAGAGGAGAAAGAUUGUCUUGGAAAAACGCCUUUGGAUUAUUUAACCGAUGACUCUUUAAGGGAUUAUUUUGAAUAA